ACUAUUGAAUGUCAUUGACAUUUACGUCUUGACAGAUGACAGAAGAGAGAAAAUUUUUAUUUACACAUUAAUGAUUCUUAAUUACGAUUCAUUAUUUUAUUUAUCUCAGGCAAUAUGUCAGAGUUGUUAAAAUAUGUCUUAUAUUUUUCAAUCCAAUAACAAGCUAUUUAAACACAUGCUUACAUUUCAUAACCUAUAAUAGACAGAGUAUAUACAUAUUUUUAUUUCAUUAUUAACAAAAUGUCAUCUUCCCACACGGCAGAAUUAACUGAACAAUUGGUUAACGAUUAUGCAAGUUACACAAAAGUGGACUGGGACGAUGAGAUGAAAAACUUCCGGGAUAUCAUAGAAGAUACACUAAUACGAUUAGAAGAGUUUCAGUCAAUCGUUACGAUGGUGGAGAGUUGCAAUGCUGAGUGCAUGCAACAGCAUCUUCCAAAGUUGCAGCAUAUGAAAGAAGGUAUGACAAGCAUUCGUAAAAGGAUAGAUGCAUUGGAGCAUGUUGUCGCAAUGGCCAAUAUGAAUUUAAAUACGUUAGAAGCUGCUGUAGACAAAGCAGAAACUGAGCUAGGUGUAUCUGAUAGAUUAUUUGGGAUGCUAAACCCCUUAUCAUUUUUUAAGAAAACUCAAGAACCUGUUGUAUCAAAUACAGUGCCAACAUACAAGUCGCCAAUAAUAUAUAAGUCAGAUGAUUAUUUUCGAAGAGAAUAAAGUAUGUGAUGAAGAGGCUUAGAUUAUAACAUACUUGUUACUAGAUUAAAUUUAAACGAAUAUGUAGAAACUUAUGUGGUUUGACAGUAGUAUGAAAAAAAUUUGGAUAUUAGAUAUAACUGAUAGAUUUUUACUUAUAAAAUUUUUUUCUUUUUUAUUAGCAAUGCAGUGAUCACCUAUACAAUGAUAAUACUUGCUGCUAUAUAUUUUGUGUACAUUCUAAAAUUCCAAAAUAUAAAAAUCUAAUUCU